AUGAGCUCCUAUAAUAAUACCAAUGUUGCUAACUACUCCUAUAGUAGCAUGGCUAGUGGCGUACUACCACCUGGCGGGGCGUCGAAGAAUAGACAAUUUCCGCCGAAUUACACCCUCGGCGGAUCCUCUGGAUCGUCUGCCGGCAAGUCAGGACCCAUGCUGAAGGGCAAAAAGAUGGGAACGAAACUGCUGACAGGAAGUAAAAUCUACAAUAGCUUUAGUUCUUCGAACAGUGCUUCAGGUUCUGCUGCUAGCGGUAUGGGUGUUGGAGCUGGUCAACAUGUGGUGAACAACUCGAACUCCAGCAAUAGCAACAUGAACUACAUGAUGAAUGGAGCAGGAGGUAGCAGUAGCGCGGCUAGCAGUAGUAGUCACCUCCACGGUCAGUCGCAGAUGAACACGUUUUCAGCUUUUAAUGGCGACAACUAUGGAACCAAAAACGUAGGAGGUUCUUACAACUCAUCAUCUUACAAAGGUGCUAGUUGUAGUGGGUCCUUAGCUUCGAUGCAGCCAUCCUCAGCUAGUAGUGCUGCUAACGACGAUGGCCUUCCUGGAGCCAGUCAACAUCAGCAGCAACAAGGUGGGACACUGAGCACUGGAGGUGCUGGUCUGAAUCCUUCGUCUUCUCACCAAACUUCUCAGCAUCUUCCCUCUACAGCCGCUACUGGAACAACUGCGUCGAGCUCUGCUUCUAGUGCCUCAACAUCCGGAGGAUCGGUUCCAAAUUCAAGCAAAGUGGUGCCAUCUCCACCAUCGUCGAACGGAUCAGGGAAAAAGAGCAUGUCUCAACAGACGAAACGACACCUGGACAAUCUGGGUCUUGGACACUUAGAGGAAACCCUGGUGGCGGAUCCUGACUAUUCCGAUGCCGAAUUCGCAAGAGCUAACCUGGCUGGCGCCACUAAAGUCGGUAGUAAGCAUCAGCACAGCAAGCAUGGGAGCGGAGGUGUUGGAGGUGUCACUCCCGGCGACGGUGUCUCUCCUUCAGGCAAGAGCAAAAAGAAUUCAGGCGCUGGAGGGAAGAACAACAGUAACAAGCAAGGAACUGUUACCAGCGGUAUUGCUUCCAUAGCGAAAGCGAACACAACAGUCGCAGCCGGCGUAAUCCCUUCGUCUAUUCUUGGAAAAAGCGACGCAGCAAUCGCUGAAGCAGAAGACCAACUCGCGAAGAAAGCGAAGAAAAAGAAAGCAACCAGAGGCGGUAAAAAGCAACGAGAAAAACGCGAAAUGACUACGUCUACAGCCGCAACUACUGCAGAUGGAACCGAAGGAGCGGAGGUUGUUGCUGAUGAAGGAACUUCUGCUAGUGCUACUGUAGCACUAGCAGACCUUGCUGGUGACGCAACUGCAAAAACCUCAGAAGCAGGGUCAUCCUCACCUACUGGAGCGCGAAAGGCAAAAGGUUCACCUUCACCUUUGGCCAAAAGUGGAGAUCAAGUAAUGAACCAAGUACUAGAAGACACUGUCGGUUCUUCUGUAGUAGAAGAUGGUGAAGACGAAUCUUCUGCCGAAACUACAACGAGUCGUGUAAUUAGUGCAAAAGCAGAAGCAGCAGUUGCGAAAGCGAAGCAAUUACUGGCUGAAGAUGACGAGGACGAGCAAGUGCGAGUGCCUGCAGCAGAGGAUGUAAUCGAGGCUAAAAAUGAGUCCACUUCCGGUCCCGCAGAGGGUGCUGCUGCUAAUGACGAAGAGGACAAGAAGAACAACACCCUUGACCAAGCAGAAAAAGUUCUUGGCGUGGUUGAUGAAGAUGAAGAUGAAGAAGCGAAAUCACCAACGUCCAGGAGCGACGAGGAAGAUGCUUCUGUUUCGUCCAAGAUGACUUCUUCUAAACAAGCACUAGACGCUGAAGAAGCGCUUCUCCGAUUGGAGUUGAGAGUAACUGAUCAAGCUAACGAUGUUCACGGGCUUGUGGAGGCAGAAACGAACGGCACUGCUACGAAAGAGACCACGGCAGCUAGCCCUAAAGUAGAAGACGACGAGACAGUACGAACUGAAGAUGGCGCAACAGCAUUAGACUCAAAAGUAACUUCAUCUUCUGCCUCGAGUGAUGCGAGUGCGAGUCCACGCCUACUUGAAGGAGAGGAAAAAGACGCAGCAGGAGAAGAAGCCCAGACUGGUCCUGAAGAUGGCAAAGACCUCCAGACUGCUACUGCGACGUCGAGGAAGGAGAGGAAAAAGGCAGAAGUUGCUGCGAGUGCUGGAGGUGGAGGAGGUGCUGAUACUCCUCACCAGACGGAUGAGGAAGCUACUACUCCGAAAAAAGACACCACCAAGCUGAUCGAAGAGCGUACUAUGAGCCGCGAAACGAAAAAAUUACACGAUACGCAACUCGAGGAUGCUGAUGUUGAGGUACUGAACUUAUGAAAUGGAGUUCUACUUCAUUUUCAUGGAUGGUGAUGUUGUAGUCGUUGCUUUGUGAAACAAGAAAGAUGAAAAUCACAUCAUACUGAUAGAUUUAUUUUACAUCCUUUACGUAGUACUAGUAGAGCUAGUAGAUCUUGUUCACGACCAUCUCAAUGAAGCGUUUAUAAGAAGUUUCUUCAGCACCUCAUCUUAUAUUAAAUCUCAGGCUCGCGAUGAGGACGCUCCCAGCGAAGAGGAGGAUGAGGAAUACGUCAAAGUCGAAACGACCGCUUCUACCGCGGGUAUAACUUUCAAUGGUCUUUUCCGGCAAGAACUACAUGUUGGUCUUAUUCUGUCUUACUAUUGUUCUAAGUCUAAGAAUUCUAAUUCUACCUAAGAAUAACCUCUUAAUCAAUAAGUCAAGUUGAGCACUGAGGUUACAUGACAUGACAUGACUACCUUGACCUUCCAAAUUCAUAGGAGCCACCGGAACAGGCAAAGCUCCGAAUAAGAAAAAGAAGAAGAAGAAAAAAGCCGAUGAGGACUUCAAGUGUAUUGACGAAGAGGGCAAGAAAUCCGCAGAGGUCCGUGAGAACUGUCCGGAAUUGGGUACGGCGAUCUUUUUUUCAUAUUUGUUCGUCGUAAAUCUACUAAGAUUGAGAGUAAGUGGCGUAGGGUUCUUUUCUGAUCAGUACUAGGAACUUCACCUUCUGCAUCAACCUGUAUUCCUUUUCCUGAGGAAACCAUGCUGCAUAAAUGCCACCCAACUGAAUACAGCUAUGAAGCAGGAAGAGCCAGCUAUGAAGAAUGCCACCAAGCAAAAGCGGGAACGUCUUGAGCGCCAAAGGAAGCGAAAGGAAUUGCAGGAGAAAAAUAAGGAGGAAAAGCGCAAGGAACGGGAGAAGGAACAAGCGUACCUCUUUUUAUUUCUCGAAUGUGAUUUCAGUGGAUGUUGUAAUCACAAUACACAUGUUGUCUAUGUCUUUACUCCUGUUACUAGGGUUGUGAAAAUUGGCGAAGCCGAAGGUUCUCACAAAAUUGAAACAAGCAGAUGAAGACAGUGGAACAAUAGACAACGAUAGACAGUUGCUUGGUCGCUCUCUCCGCUCUGUUUUCCCAAAAAACCUCCUCGUAGGGCUACUUAGGUAAACAGUGAAUAAAAAAAUGUGUCGUCUUGCUUUUGCUUUGUCCCUGAAUUGAAACCGAAUAAACGAUCGAUAGGAGCAUUCAUGCUAGAAGAAGGGAGCUCGCAAGUAAAAACGACACUGAGACUUACCUUCUGUCACGCGAUUUUAUGGAAAACAAAUGAUAUUUUUAUCGAAAGUGUGUAGAAAAUAGCAUUACUACAGACGUACUUAGGCAAAUAGGAAUAUCCCUCAUUCUCCUCCUUCUCCUCCUUCUCCCCCCUUCAUCCGCACUGGCGGAUGGCUAACCGAGGACGGGGGCUUUGAAUUUGCAAACUACAACGAUAAUAUGGAUCACCCCUAUCUGGCGAACAAAUGCUUUUCCCACGCCUCUCCGGCUAGCGAUAUUACCCGAAUGUUGACGAUGACGUCGAGGUUUGCGGAACAGAGUCAUGUUAUGAGAGGUGAUGAAUAACUUCGCUUCAAGCUUCAAAAUUCAUUAGCUGAUUUUUCCGAAUGUAGCUGUAAGGUGGGCCUAAAUUUUGGCGUUCAUCAGUUUCAAUUGUUGCGCUUGUUGUAUGUUAGAGAAGUCCAUGUUGCUUGUCCUUCUUCUCUAAUAAACGCAGUUCGUUGCGGCUCUUCCAGGCGACUUCUGGUGCUUCCUCUAUGGAAGAACUGGAGCAAAUGAAUAGCAGUGACGACGACGGAUCCUUUGCGGAGACAUUCAAGAGUUCCUCAAAAGCGAAAGCUUCUGGAAGAAAAAAUUUAUUCGAGCAGGACCACUCUAGUUCUAGUAUACUACCCUCAUCUUCGAACGGAGGACUCGGUCUCCGACGUAUUGGCGGACAACAUAGUUUUCAUCGAGGUGAUCGUGAGGGCGAUUCUCUUGGAGGUCUAGGAGGGUACGACGGAGGUGAGGCAGAACUCCAGGAGCUGAAAAGCAGUAUCAAUUUUGAUUUUCCACUAAGCUAUAGUUGUCAUCUUGGAGGUGCUUCUAGCGGCGCUCUCAACAUCAAGAACAAAUAUCCCAGUAACAGUUCUAUUGGCGCUUCUUUUCCUCUUCCCUCCCAAAUUGGAGGAAAUGGUUCUACUGGUUGUGGAGAUGACUCAGAAGAUGUUGACCGUAGCACUUCUCCACGCACAGGCACAGCUGUUCGUCGUUUGCAUAAGGAAGGACGUAACUUUGCGGGUCUCCUGCUAAGACAGCACUUGGUUGAUGAAGGUUCAUCUAGAUCUAAAGAUCAUGUAGGACUAGAUGACAGUGGUCGCGGAACUUCUUCCACUCAUGCAGCAGCGCCGGUAACUACGUCAUCAAAAGGUCCAAAGGUCAAUACUUCUGGAUCUCUAAACGCCUCAGCGAAUCGUCGCAGAAUGAACGCGAAAAAGGCGAAAAAUAAACGUUCAGAGCAGGCUGCGCAACGCAAUGGCAAUCAAGGUGGAGGCGCAUCUUCUAGUACGACUAGUACAACGCCCAUCAAGAUGAGUGCCAAUAAAGGUAGUGGAGGAGGAGGAGAGAUUGUUAUUCUAAGGAAUCCUGGUACUAGUCUCACUUCGUCAGCUUCAUCUCCCUUCUCCCCAUCUCUUGGUCGCUUUGGUGGGUUACUAGAAGAUGUUGGUACUGGCGGGUACAUUGACAUGACGUUGGCAGGUUUGAGCACUGGCGAACGAGAAGAUAAAAAUGCCUCUUCUUGUUCUUCUAAGAAGAAUAUGUUCCUGGAGAACUCCACAUCCAAGACGUCUACGAAUUCGUCUACGCCUCUUGUAAAGGGUGGAAGUAAGCUGCUAGGAAGUUGUGGAGGUGACGUGUCUGACGACGAUAGCGAUGACGACAAAAAUGAUGAAGAUUGUACUAGGACUUUUCCGGAUUCCUCGAUCGCUCUCAAUAAGAAGAAGAAGAUUGGCCGUGGUUGUGGUACAUCGACCUCUAAGGGCGAGUCGAAAAAAGCGGAACAAGCACUAUCAUCAGAUGAUGACGAUCGCGGUUCGAUUUCGUCCUCUUCGAGGAGUUCUUCCAGUAGUAAGAAAGUAGGCUUCUACAGAAACAAGGGUGGAAACACGAGUCGUUUCAACAACACAAAUAGAAUUAUGUCCAACAUUUAGUGUCCAUCUUCCUCGGCAUCUUGGUCCCCUUUUGCCCCCGUGUACUCUCAUGAUGAAAGGGGUCGAGAUGAGCGGACAAAGAUGGGUUAAAGCUGAGUCUAAUAGAAGUGCUGGCGGAAGGUUUACUUCCAGCAAUAAGAACUAUAUUAAAGAUUACUCCUCCGACGUCGAUUCCUCAGACAGCAGUGAAGAUAGGCACCUAGAGGAUGAUGACGAUGAUGACGACCCUCUAUCGCAAGAUGACGUGCUACAAGUGGCGCUAACUGGAGACGUGCCUGCGACAAUGGUGGCUAAGGCUACAGGAGGCAAGAACAAGAAAGCGUUUGGUGCCACUGGAGAUAAUGAUAGCAUUAGCAAGAAAACCGGUGGUCGUGAUGCUACAACCGCAGAUAGCAACAAGAAAACUUCCACGCUACCCGAUAAAAUCAUGAAAGCUGCAACUGACGGAGAACGAUGCAGCCGUGAAUUAAUGGAGGAACUUGUGUUAAGGCAAAUAAUUACAGACGCUUAUACUGAACACAAUUUUCGCGGAUAGAGGAACUUGCGUUAAGAGGAAUAGAGGAAUGUAAAUGUACUCGUCAACUUUUGAUAAUCUCUAAGAGAUUGAUCCCUCCCUAUAGAUAAUCUCUGGGAGUCUUCAAAAUCCGUCAUAUCCUAGGAUAGUCAAUCACCAUAGCUGUCUAAUCGUUGCCGCAGCAUGCAAGAGCCACCCCUUCGGACAGACGGAUGAUAUUGGUGCAGAAGAAGAAGAUGAAGCUGCCUAAUUUAACCCGAAUAGAACUCGCAGAUCCCGGAAAGUAUGAAACCCUAAGUACUUACUUCUACGAAGAAAUCCCCUAAGCCCUAAAGAACGAAGUAGAAUUCUAUAUAAGUUGUAGCUGUUGAGAAAAAGAAACUGACACAUUUACAUAUUCGCUCCCGAUGAUUCCUUAUGAUCGAUCAGUGUUGUUUCAGUUUCUCUCAACAACAUGCGUGGUAUAAAUUUAUUUAAGGUGGAUUCAAGAAGUAUGGAAUUGUUAUUGUAAUUCUAAUUGUUGUACCUCCCUCUCCCUGAUGUGUGCACCUAAUAUGGCUAUCAUGAUGUUCACACACUUGUGCUCUACUGCGUCGAUAAACAGUUUCUUGUUCAUAGAAUAUCAAUGUUUCAGCAUUUUGGUUUCAUUCUGCUACGACACAUACGACGCCGCAUUAUGCAAGAAAACACGAAUAGGACAGCUAUGACCUGCAGCGGUCGUGGUCGCUAUAAUCGCGUUAAGAUUAUUAAUCUUCAAUUUUCGAAAGGAUCCCCAGAACUUUGAUGUGCUAUUUGCAACGAUGACUUUUCAACGUUAUUACAACAAGUCCACCAGAGAUAUUAUAAAAGUGUCGGUAUCCUCACGCAUACUUUGAUUUAUCUUUUACUGAAUACUCCAAGCAAAACUUAUAACUUUAUCUUUCUUUUCAAUCUUCGUGCUCAUAGGGCAUAAGAUAGGUAAACGUAAAAAUUGUGAAUGAAUACUUGAAUUAGUCUCAAGAAACAAAAAUAUUGGUACGUAUAUCCUUCUCCUUGAAAACAAGAUUUCUCAAUUGUUGUACUUGCAGGUUAGUUUUUAUUGAUGGUCAGAAACUAAAAGCCAUAUCCACCGUAGAAUACUUCUACAUACUUAAGGAGAUUGUUGUACUAGAUUGAGUUAGAAGAAAAUUACUGUAGUUCCUUUCGCGCUCGCCCUGCAUCAUGAUUAUGCUUAUGUUCCUGACUACUUCUGUUAUUGAUGUUCCCUGCUCGCUACAUUUGACGCUCCUUGUAAUUGUUAGUUCUACAAAAUUCUUCUAUGGUCACCCGUAUUAUUAUAUAUUAGUAUGUUUGCGCGCGCGACCCUAUCGCUGUAUAUUCGUUGUAAUUUAUACUAAAACAAUAACGAAGUAGAUGAAGACUCUGAUCCUUCUAACAAAAAUAUGACAAGAAGUAAAUGCACCUCGGGUUGAAUUUGUUUGAACUGGUUUCACGAAUACGACAGACUGACACGCUCAUGCUCUACAUCAAUCACGACAUAUAUCAAUCUUGUCUUUCAAUUUCAUUUUCAUGCAUGCAUCGAUCAGCACUUAAGAUUAUAUCACACAAUUUCUUUCUCAUUCUGUUUCCACUACUACCACCUGACCAUACACACAGCCUGCCCAUAAACAUGACCAUCCAUUACCACCGACAGCCACACAUCAAUAUCAAUCCACUACAUACCCACAUGAGAAACAUCUAUGAUUUUAAAAAGCUACACAUCACACCAAAAAAAAAUCUAAAAAAAAAACUGCAUCAUCAGAAAAGGGUACUAGCUGCAAAGGGGAAGUCAGUGUGGUGGUGUGUCGUGUCCGGUGCGUUGAGUCUCGUCAUAGUCGAGAGCCUAGAAAAAUGGACAUUGAUCAGUACGUCAAAAUCAAGUUCGACCAAAGUUAUUUCUGAUGAGCGCACCCACGAUGAAGAGACAGAGCGACGAGCAGUACAUUAUAAGAGAAGAAGAUGAGAUCCCGAAUGUGCAUGUUUGACCCAGCGUUCACAAAAGUAGAUUGAGAGAUCGUCCCAGAGGAGUGGAUGGAGAGAAUAACACGGACGUCGAGCAGAGAACAAGAACACGUCGAGAGCGCUUGAGAGCAAGAGUUAAAUGAUCUCUACUGAAGGAGCAGACCGAAGUACUACUUGCAUCAAGCAGCCUACUUAGGUCAUCUUACACUAACCACUUAUACUACAUCAACAGGAGACAGAGCGACCAAGCAACUAAUCACUCAACCACUCUUCCAAGACACGACACAACUACUGUAUCAUUACGCCUCAACUAAUACAACCAAAAAACAGGGGCCUUUGCAGUGAGCGUGGUGGAGACUUGGGAUUUCUGGACCGGACUUGCUUUUCAACACCAACGUUACCCCGAGACGAACGAAGGCAUUUGGAAAAACUAGGUAUAUUCCUUUUUCAUGCUUAGUUAGGGUAGUUCUACCACAAUUGAAUUUUUGAGUAGUUUUUGGUUGGAUUAUAGUUGGAUGUUGUAUCUAGUAUAGUUAGACUUUGAUUUGACUGAUUGCCACGUUACUGCUAGUGGCGACAAAGACGAAGACAGAUGAAGUCUGCGCGCGAGGAUCGACACGCCUGUGACUUGAUGGACGGAGGGCUCCGGGUGAGGCAAGCGGGAUGCCGAAGUCGAUCUCGCUGAAGUGCGGCGCUUUGCGUCCGCAAUGCCUUACAUCCAAAACGUCAUCGACCUCGCUGAAGUGUAGCGCUUUGCUUCUGCAAUGCCCUACAUCCGAAACGUCAUAGCCGCGGAGCUCUUUUUCUAACACCCGGCAACGCUUGCAGCCUUUCGGCUGGUGCUUGCCUUGGCAUCGCGCGUUCGGCGGAGACAUUACCCGGCCCAAACGCGCACGGCGGACACGGUUGAAGCCGUUAACGGCUCCGCGGCAGGCGUCGCCUUUGUCAGGCACUGAGGCCACAAGCCGGCAGGCAUAACUCUGACGCUCAGCACCAUGAGGCGGCGAACCAAACGCUGACAUUGACCCGCGUGGCUCUGAGAGUGAUCUGUGCAGCGCUGACUUUGAUUACUCUGUCUUUCCCCACUCUGAGGCGGUAAAUCUUCACCGAAAGAGAGAAGGAGGCCAGUCCGCACACUGAGAGCUGCGCGGGGCGUUUGACUCUUUUGGGCGCUGUACGCUCUGACACUCCAAGCACCUGCUAAGUGUUCGCUUCGCCUCUGACCUUGAAAACCCUGAGUUUCCCCAAGCUGCGGCGGUAAAGCCUUGACAUUGAGAGAGGGCGAAAACUCUGACUUUGACAUUGUGAGAGGGUGAAAGCUCUGACUUUCCCCACUCUGAGGCGGUAGGCCUUGACAGUGAGGGAACGCUGAGGCGGUAGACCCUGACACUGAGCGAGGUUGAAAACCCUGACUUUCCUUACUCUGAGGCGGUGAGCCCUGACAUUGAGAGACGAGGAGGCAAGCCCGCACGCGAAGCGUUGAGAGGAGCGCGCGGGCCCUUUACUUGCUGUAAACUCUGACUUUCAACACUCUGACUUCAAAGCUCUGACCCUCUGAGCUCUGAGGCGCCAAACUCUGACAUUGACAGGCAAGGCCACUUGCAAACGUGUCCAAAACUCGGACACGCAAAGCCCUGGGAUUCGUUUACGCGUUUGCAGCCCUGAGUGGUCAACCUUGACAUUUGUGCCCUUUUUCGCCAACGAACCUUGAGACCCAAAACCCUGGGACGGGUUCAAAGCCUUGCGACUUCGCUGUCAGUGGCGAACCCUAUGACCCCCUGCCUUACGCCUUAAAGCCUGGAAGUCUUGGCCUUUGUUUCCGCCCCCCUUGAGAUUCUUCUUGCCUCGCCUUAGAACCCUGACAGCCGACCCCGUUUUUUGUCGAUUAUUAACAAAGAAGGAAUUCGUGGCAGGUAGUGGGUUGUUCUGUUGAGUUCUGCUUUGAAUUAUGACAAACGCUUUUUACUGAUCUUGAUGUCUGACAUGAAAGACGAUGUUACCGAUUUCGCUCGGUGGAAGUGAGUCUUUUUCUUUUAGUACUCUCUCUAAUCUAUUCGUAGUUCUCAUUACAAUUGGCCUCCGUGGAUGGUGUGAAGCGUACGGAUGCGAGGUUUAGACCAGGUAGAUUUGUUGCAUCGAUCAAUUUAUACUUCUUAAUGAAAGGUUUGUUGUGUCAUGACCACUGUGUGGUCGUAAGUGUGACCCUGUACGAUGUGACGAACAACACGGCACAACAUCACAUCCUUGUCCAUGCUAACAAAGUUUUAGAUUCGGUCUCUAUUUGUUCAUACAAUCAUUUGAUUGCCGAUACCGUGUCACUCAUCUUCAGGUUAUGCUUUUCUCUGGUACUAGCUGGGCGAAUACUAGCAGAGUUUAUAGAAUUGCGAUCAUUGUCCUUUGACUUUUUCGACAAAAAAAACAACAACAAGUAUGUCGAUGUCGUAUAAUUUCGUCUACUUAACAGUAACAGGUAAACGACCUAGAUUCUGGUUCUCUCUCCCGUGCUACUUCAAUCUAGAGGACAAAAGAUUUUUUUCAAAGAGAAGCCGAACGGCGAUGAAUGAUUAUGAUCACAUCAAACCCGAUACUGGCUGAACUAAUUGACUUGCAUCCCCUCGCUGUUUGUCUCUUGAUUUCGAUCAUGAUCACACUCAGAUUUUGUCUCUACGGGUGCUAGGAACACCACUCUCAGAGGCAAACACAUAACAUGAAGGAAUCUACAAGAACCCCAAGCAUAGGCUCCAUGUUCUCACACAGCUCAAUUUUCCAUCAAAUUGAUCUCUCAUAGCUAUGAUUUAGGAUGGACUAGUGUCUCAGUUCGUCUCCCUCUUAAUACUCCCUCCUUUUUACUUUUUACGGACUACACUUAAUUUGUUGAAUUUGUUGGUAGUUUGUUAGCUAGGUGUCAUAGAGCCAUUCCCUGCAUAAGUAAUCACCCAGUUACAGGCAUUACCUCGAUUUUUUUUCUAUUACAUUUUCGUGCGAUUUUUUUCAUAAAUCUUAUUUUCAGGUUUGGAAAUACUGGCAUGUUGACAUUUUCGACGAUCUAUCACACAAAAUGAAACACCAAAUAGAACGUGUGCGCCGUAAUCGUCGCUAUCAUAGUUUUGUCACCAUCCACCGGAGUCGAUUCUUAGAUCGAUGCUGGUGUGCUUCUCUUACGUUGUAAUCUGGUAUUGGUAGAUGUACAUAUAUUUAGAAGGUAUCUAGAUCUCCUGCUCCUCUUUGUUUUCCAAAGUUGUAAAUAUAUACCUCAUUCUUGGUUGUUUUUUAUUCUGUGCUCUCGGUUGCGUUUUCCGUGUAUCAAAAAACUGUAUCGUUGUUAUAUUGCUCAAGUCAAUGGUGCUAUCGAAAUCGAACUCUUCUGAACAUGUUCGAGAUUAACUAGUGAAUGGAAUUUGGUAGUCAUGAUGUAGACGAUGAUAUUACGAGAUUGAUUAAGCCUGAAAAACAUGCUGGUGAAUUUCAACACAGCAUGCUGCUCUUUCAGGUAACAUAUGUAGUAAGUAGAAUGAAAAACUAGAGGACUUGGAUGCUUGUUGGAAUUUUUUUCUCUCAAAAACGAAAUUGUCUGUUGAAAAAGGUCGUCAUAUUGUCGGUGUUACAGGAAAGCUACCUAUGUAUUUAUGUUGGAGUCAUGUCGAUCGUACUAGAGCAAAAGCUACAAAAAUGAGUUUGUAUCAUGAAGUAAAUCGAGCAAAACUGCUAGAAUAGCCUCAAAAGUGGAAAGAGCAUCAAAAGUGAAAAAAUGCAUUCAUCGACCGCGGUGUGUUGUUCAUAAAACUGAACCUUGAUGAAUUGCAGACACUGCUUCAUCGUGCAGAGCAUGAUAAGCAAAAAUAAUGUGUCCUCUCCCAGAGCGAGAGGUUUUUUUCUAGCCAGGAGCGGUGCGUAACCCAGAAGCAAGUUAAGAAGAGCUAAGAGACCGAGUGAAGCAGGACAACUUAUUUUGAGCGAAAAACACUUGAAGACGGUUUUACUGGAGAAAAAAAUGAGGGAAGUGACAGUGAGCUGGAUGAGGAAAAAUGACUUGAGGAGACAGAGUUUUGGUGUAGUGAAGAAAAUGGAAAUGGACACAGUGAAAUGGAAGAAAAAAAGAAAUCGAAAACGGUUUUAGUAUACAAGAAGAGGCGAGGCGUCUAAUUUCACGCAGUAGAAACUACGAACCAAAAUACAAUCUAGUUGUAUCUCUAUUUCAUUAAAUUAUAUGUACUUAAGUUAACUUUUAAUAUUGCAUGACCAUUUCAUCGCUGAUGAAACUUCCUCACCUCCCAACACAGGUACCAGCAAAGCGGUCGUCGUGUCUGACUCACCGGAUGUAGAGACUGUACCAGAAGCGUUGGCUAAAUUGUCGAAGGAGCAGACGUUGGAGCACAUCCAAAAAACCCUCAUCCACAAAAAAAGCGAAGAGCAGAAUAAGAAUUACGUUAGUUGGGAUAUCCGGUUUUAAAGAUGUCUAGUAGUUGUAGACCUCCUAGUACCUCUAUAUACUAGAUCUUCCUCGACCUCGGAGCCAAGUCCAGUGCCCGGGCUAGACCUCAAGGGAGAGGCACUCGAUGUGAUGAAGGAUGCCUGGCCUAAUCUGUCCAUUUCCAUACUUUACUAUCCUUUGAAGAUCAAGGCCAUUAUGUUGAAUGAUUAGGAAGAGUAGCAAGAUCGAAGCUGGGUUCUUUUCGAAGAUGGAGAUUUUUUUUGUCCGUCGUCGUCUUCUUCUCCACAGUUGUAGUAGUACUUGAAAUGAUUACUAGUACUACUACUACUAAUUUUUAAUGUUACCUAAGUAGCUGUACAACUUCAAGAACUUGUUGCUCUUCUAAUUCCCGCAUUUGGAAAUCGUGAUGCGGGAGAGCAAGCGUAAGGAGCAGCUGGAAAGGAAGCAGAGAAUAGCUGCCGGCAAAAGUGCGCAGGCACUAAGGAAAGAAAAGAAUCAAGAGCAAAAGCAAGAGCUGAGACGGGCCGCUAGAGAUAUGGAACAGCACCAAACAUAUAGAUGAGGCCUGCAGAGCGAAGAGGAAACAACAACAAAGCUAUCUAAAAAGUGGACGAGUCAACAGUCUCGGUUCCAAAAUGAAAAGUAGAGAAAAGUAGACUAGCAGUAGAUUACUAGACGGAGACAAUAAACGGCUACCACUAUUCUAUCUACUUUCAGACCAUCCUCCUCUAGGCUCCCUUUCGUCCUGCAACGUCAGUGCCCAUACACCUAGCGACUAAGACUUUCAAAUGCAAUAAAAAAUAAACGAAAACAAGGGACAUCACCAGCCUUGUAGAAAAAGGACAACAAUAAUUUUUAAUAGUAAACACUGCAAACCCGUCUCUCGACUGGGUAUAUCAUUAUCAACCAUAUUGAAGAUGGCUUACUGCUCCUAGUUCGAGAGGGGACUAGAAAAACCUAGACAAACCUCAACCUCCUUCAUACCAUAGCGUAAGGAAAGGCGUGCACGGGGAGUCGAUACUUCCACGAGUCCAGAGGUGCACCCUCACCGCAUGUCUACUAGCGAAAUCGCAAAAGGGCAUACUGGAAAAACAUUGUCGGAAUCGCAUUAAGGCUUGACUAGCUUUGGAUUUUAGAGGUCGUUAAUUAUAGUUUGUGAUUCAUAAUUAUCAUCAUCCUUUUGGACACGCUUGACCUCUUCAAGCACAUACAAUUUGGUUCGUCAAGACUAGAGGGUAAAUGAGAAAGAGAAUGAUGACUUCUCCAACGAUUGAGUUCUUGUGCUGGUCUGUUCUUCUGCUCUAAUCUCAAGAGGUCGACAUCGAUUACUUGACGGCAGUACGCAUGCAGCGAACAACAAGUGGCUUGGUAGGCAGGAAUUCGAAAACCAGAACUGGAUGGCAAAUAGCGGACUCGACAGCGGAAGUGCCAGUGGCACCAUCAGCCAAGCGUAAUGCGAAACUCACAACCCAACGACUCGGUGCCGCUACGUCAAACUCUAUUACGGCCAUAGUUUGUUGUCAACUUUGUAAACAGAACAAAUGCACAACAUGUAGGAGCAGAAGUAGGGGAAACCGAAAUCGACGUCUUUUUAGAAGAAGUGGAGAGUGGUCCAGGAGUCUAAAGUGUGAGUGUCGCAACUAUAUUUUCGUUACAAUUUAUUUUCUUGUCUUCUCCUUCAAGAAGGUACAAGUCGGCUGAACGACCUCAUUUCCAAUUGACCACAUGCAGCACCAGGUAACAUGACAUGACAUGACAUCUUCUUUCCCCAUAAGCCUCUAGCUCUAACCUACGCCUCCUCGGAAGUUCGGGUAGUGCGGACCAUUCCCUGUACAGCAACUUUUACCCAGCCUCAACGUCCUCGAGCGCGUCAGUAACCUCUUCAAAGAACAAAACCCACCUCUCUGGUCGUGGUGGUCUUUCUGGAGCAGGCACAUCAUCUUCUGUUAAGGCUUAGCCUAAGUAUCUCUCAUCUCUUUCUUUGGCUCUCUUUCUACAAGUUGAUAAUGAUAAGAAUAUAAUUUUUAAUAUACCUCUCCUAGUUAGGAUGGCUCUACCACGACUAUUUAAAAAGAAGCUAAGUAAGAUGAAUGUUGACAAUCAAUGAUCUCCAAAAGCAUCCAUCUCCAAAAACUAAGUCAGUCUCUUCAGCGGUAAAACUAUUGUAUGCUCUAAAUCCUUGACGAUAUCUUCGGGAUCUGUGAGCAAGUUGAAGGCAGCGGCUUUCAAGAGUUCUACAACUACAACCAUUAAGGCUCAACUUUCAUUGGUCCCCAUAAUUUAGAUUGGAUUUAUUGGAGAAAUCGAAGAGGGUGGGGUCCCCUUGAGAGAACAGGGGAGAUAGAUGAAGGGAAAACAAGUAAGUAGAGAGAUGUGGGGCCCCUCCCGUUCAGAGUCAGUGACCAAUGACAACUGCUGACCUUUAAUUCCUCUUCCUUGUCAAGUAGUACUGUAGGAGCUCCUGGCGCUGCGCAGAAAAAACUACACCUCACAACUUCCUCUUCAUCUACUUCUUCUGGGAUUACUGGUAUUGCACAACAGAUCUCUACUUCUUUAGCUGCGUCUGCACUCGCUGGAUCCACAUCUUCGAAGUCUACAUUAUCGGGAUCGGGUGUAGGAACAAAAAAUACCAGGGAUAGAGAGGACGAUACCUUCUUUCAUGAAUAUUGUACCAACUACUCCAGUAUUCCAACAUCUUCAAGGGAUUGGAAGCGAGCAGCGUUGCUACAACCAGUGCGGAGUGCUCGUGGAGGUCAGAAAGAGUACGACUCACCCACUGUCGACACCGAUGAAGUGAUGAGCAGUGUGUCCUUUCUGAAAUUCAAGGAAAAUGCCGAAGCACAGCAAAUUAUGACCUUGGUCUCGAUGUGCUGGUCACUCAUAAAAUGUAUAGUUCUUGCAGUCUGUCAUAUCGUCAUUUAUGGAAGAUAAGUACGCACUUAUACAGUCUAUGCAAAUGGAGUCAUCGUCAUGAUGUACUUUUCUUAGUACUUUCCUCUAAAACCAGGCUCGAAAUGGAGAAGCUGAGAUUGACGCCAGAUUCAGACGAUGUAGACGAGGAAGAUGAGGCCAAGCACGAAGCAGAAAACUAUGUUCGAGGAAAAUUGACCGGAAGUUUGGGACGACGACUCCUGAAAAAAGGAUCUGAAUCCGGUUCUGGUUCCACAACUACAACUGGCACUACAGGCGGAAGUAGUUCUCAAAACAACGUAGAUAACUCAUCUUCACAUCCCGCGUCUACCAACGUCGACACCUCUUCUUUUCUGCACUUUCCUGAGGGCCUUCAUUUUCAAGGUGGGAAAAAAACAACUCCGCAGGAGCUAGAUCAACUACAGCAGCUUCGAUUCCUAGAAGAACGAGACGGCGAUGAAGAUGACGACGAAGACGAUGACGACACGGAAGAUGAGACUACUCGAGAAGAACAAGGUGCGCAAGGACAGCACGACCUGUUGCUGAAAAGCCUAGCGGGUUCUUCGUCGAGUUACCUCCACAUGGGGAGAGCAGCUGGAAGUGGUCUUUCUUCCUCAAACAAGUACAACAGCUGCCUAACGAGGAUUCGUAAGAAAAACAACAUCAUCGUCGAGGAAGACGAUGCUGACACGAGUGGAGACAACGAAGAAGGAGCACCUUCGAGUACAACUAUGCUCUCAAUUGCAGCGGCGCGAAAGAAACAGCAUCAUGACAUCAAGAUGAGGGAACUGUUGUUGAAAGCAUCUUCUUCUAGUGCGUCUACCAAGACUAAGGCCACAACGUCAUUGACAAUCGAUGUAGAUGUUUUGAACAAGAUCCUGGAUCCGCAAUUGAAUGUUGAUGAUCAGGUGGAAAAUGCGAUCAAGAUGGACGCUGUAGAUGUUAGCGACGGAGAUGAUGAGGAUGCCACAGAAGUGAACGUGGAACUUCCAAAUUCACUUGGUAUUGACGAGGACCUGGUAGGCGAUAGUAUUACAGAGAAGCGGACUUGUUCCUCUACUACUGCAUCUAGCGCUACCGGAAGUAAGAACAUGGCCACCAGCGCCAGAAAAAAGUUGCAAAGACUAGACGGAGAUGAGGAUAUUUGUUCUAGUGAAGGUCCUGACAGUGACCGGACGGAUGCUACUAUCGCUUUUCUGAGAAGAGGAACAUCUAUGAAAUCCGCGUCCGCAAAAGGUGCAUCAGACGAGAGGGCAGAGAUCCUUCGAAAAAAAGUCAUGAACAAGAAGAAUGACGAAGAUGAGGAAGAAGAUUCACACGACCGCUUGGUGUUUUCAACAACUACAAAUACGAACGCUUCGAGAAGAUUCCUUCAAAACAAGCUGAAGAUUUCCUCUAUGAACAAGGAUGACGGUGAGGAUGGACAACAACAAGAUGACUCGUUCUCAUCAACCAAGAGGACUCUGAUAAAAGUUGGUGAAGAUCCUUCAGAUCCUUCAGCGUCGAGCAAGAGAAGUAAUAGUAAAACUUCCAAUACCUCUUCGUCCAAUAGUAAGUCAACCAAAAUACCAGAGGACAAAGAGGAUGAGGAUCACGAUGAUGAUUUUAGCCACGAACAGGAAGAUGAAGAUCAUGACUGUGACUCUCAUAUUACAUUUUCGUCAACUAAGCAGGGAGGUACUAAGGACGAACUUGAACAGCUGGAACGCCUAGGGAAAGUGAAAUCUGACUUGCGACGCAAGUCUGGAGCUGCCUCGGCUCUUCUACACGAGGAAGUGGCGCAGAGUUCGGAGGCAGAUGAGAGCUCCGAAGAGAAACUGUCUGAAGAGUUGUCGCGAUCACCUCUAAGGAUCCACUGCGUAAAUCGUGGGGAAGAUGAGGCGUGAAAAAUACUACGAAGAUAUUACGAAGGUGAUAUCGACGAUGUACUAAAAGAAUGAUCUACUAUACAACUACGAUAUGUAAAAGAAUCUACUAUACUACGAUAUCAAGAGCUAAUAUUAAUUCUUAGAAAUAGAACGGUGGAUGAGAGAUCGAGAUGGAAUAUCUGCUCUUUUUAUUUUCUCGAUCAAACAUCAGGAGAAGGUGCUUCCAGUUCGUGAUCCGAAGGAGGUGAUCCGAUCCACGAAUUGAGAAAUCACUUGCAGCUAUGCAACUCGACGUUAUAAGAAGAAUUUCAUAGAUAAAACAUCACUUACGACUCUGCAACUCGACGUUGCACAGAUGAGAAUCAAAUGCGACUAGGUGGACAGUAGAAGAUUUUGAAACUUCUAGUCAUGAUAGCCAGGAUAGAAAAACAAAUGAGCUCCUCUGAAUCACUUAUUUAAUUAUGUUUUCAUUCUUCUCUCGUUGGCUCACAAGCAUCUACUCUUUUGGGGAUCUUGUCAUAUCGAUUCAUCCUGCGUGUGGGUGCCACAUGUCUAUCGGGGAGGCACAGAAAUAGAAUAGAACGAGUUUCAAUAUUUUAAUUUUUCACGACGCGGAACAGUCAGUGCCUCAGAUUAUAACUAUCACAGUAUACAUUUAACUACAAUUUUUAUGAGUAUUACAUACAACUACUGUAUCUCAAUUCUCAAAAUAUCGGUCACUUGUAAAUGUUGCAUCGUAAAACUACUGUGUCUAAGUUUUGCUCAGGAUCAUUACUAUGCCCCAAGAAUAGUUCAAUGUCAAUCAAUCUUCAUAUCACGACCGACGAGCAAAAAACAAAAAGUAAUUUAUUAUGCAUAAUCACUUAUAAAUAUACGUGAUUUUGUUAUUUGAACCUGAUCCUCCUGGUCCACCUCAAAACGAUGAAGAGCUACAUCCGCUCAGUUGGCUAUGAUGUGCCUGCUCAGAUAGGCCUAGUAGGCGUACCGCCUAGAUGAGUGAUUCUAGAUGAGCGAUUUGCUGGUCGUCCUGGGAAAAGAGACCAUAGGCAUAGAUACACAUACUUACAGUUGAACAUAGUAGGUGGAAAGGAGCACUACUUAGCAUAAAUAUUUGACCACGACUAGCACCAGCUCGUAUUGAAUUUUUUUUGGAGUAUUUGAGAAUGAGAAAAGUAACUAAUGUGGAGGUCCUCAAUGUGCGUGAUUGUAAAUACAUAGGUUCCUCCAGCAUACGUUCCUACAGAAGGCACACCGUCCUACAGGAACUUGUGCAAAUAUUUUCGUUUUAAUACAUGAAAUGCAAACUAUUUGCGAUGUUGUUACAACAGGAUGGGUACAAAAAGUUAGGGGCCAGUACAAUAGGGGUAUGUAUUUUCGGCUAUGAUGUAGUAACUACUUGCUAUUGGAUUAGUUAUUGGGUAGGUACCUAGAACUACUCGCUAAGCCUAAGGGUUUACAUUGCUGAAACAAGAAAUUCUUAAUGGUUUAUUUGUUUCAUGCUCAGAAAAUAAAAAAAGAAGCAAGUGAUGAAAUCGGGAUUGAAAAAAAUUGUAUUCAAUGAGAAAAGACGAAAACACAGCAGAACCAGAAGCGGAUAGGAUAACGUUGGAGUGGAUGCUGGUCAAAGAACCAGCACCCACUUCUACGCAGCUGGAGCUGGGUUUAUUUUGAACUGCAAUGAAUAUGAAUCAGCAAAUAUGAAUAAGUUAAUAAGUUAAAGUUUUGUUCUUGCACGGAAUAAACACAACUUACAAGAAUCAUCUCCAAUUACUAUUACUAAUAGCAGCCUUUAUUUAUCUUUUUGUCAAUUGAUUGUCGUUAAUUCAUUGUUCUGGGUGUUUUUAUCAGGGGUGCGACCGAGAGCACAACUACCGCAACGAACCGCAGAGAACAUAAGGAAAACCGUAUAAGUUCAGUAUGGAGGAAUUUAGCUCGUCCAAGAUCUUUCGGUAUGCAAUCGGCGUUUCGUAUUCCUUCUAGUAGAUUGUAUUGAUGUAGAUGUGCUAUGAGUAUAGCAGGUUAUUAUUAGCGACACACAAGAUGAAUUCUUUUGAGCCUUCAAGUUUAUGAAAUGUCUGGCAAUCAACUAGUACACCAUUAAAAAACACAUGAUCUUCUACCUACUUGCAAUGCAUGAUCGACUUUUUCCCCUCACGACCCAUUCACCGGGGGAAUGAGAUUGUGAAGUAACAAGUGGAAACCUAGCCGCCCGCAACACCAAAGCUUGUCUUAAUUCUUCUCAAUUUCAAAUUCAAACAAGGUUUAUACUUAAUCAACUGCUGUGUUGUGUUUGUACGUAUUAUACCUAUUUUUGUAUCACUUCUUAGUUUAACAAGUAUCCAUUCAGUCCUCGAAGAUACAGAAGUUGUUGAAUCCUGUAGUUUUUUUUAUUUCAAAUUCUUUUCUUUCAAAUUAUUGGACCAGACCAAAAAGAUCUAUCAUGUUGUCUGCCGAGGAAAUAUCAAUAAGUUUAAGUAGAUGCUUCAUCGCAACAGAACGGGAACUUUAGUUCCUGAAGUUGAAGUUGUUAACUUAUAUUAUUUAAGUAUUCACGACUCAUUUUGUAAUUGUAAUCAGGGCUGAGGCGGGAACCCCCUGAUCCUAAUUGUAAUCAGAUUCAUGAAGAUGGGAAGUGCUUACGUAGGAGGGAACUAUGUUUGUGUGAGAAGUAGAACGUGUACAAAUAACAAAUCUAUCGUUUAUGAUGAAGUACGUUUUCAUCACAUUCUUGUCUUGACCAGAGAGAAGCAAAUUCUUACGGUAGUUAGUACGUAGAAGUCUCUGGCAGUAUGAGGGUCGAAAGAAAAACAAUCAGCCAUAACUCGUUUCUUUUUUGAAGAUGAUAAGUACUAGCCGACAAGAUGCAGGGGAUCAUGUCGAUGUUGCCAAGAUGAAGGAGGCCUACAAUCGUUGUGAUUGAGCAGCCUUUAUUUCAGAAACCUAUCUGGUUGUAAUCAAGCGCAGCUGUUGUCCUGCAUAGAAAAAGGAAUGGUAAUGACUUGUUCUUGAACAGAGAAGCGCUAGCUUCGCAGUACUAUCAACAUACGAUUUAUUAGUAUCGCGCAAAAAAACAAGGGAAAAACAAGAACGCAUGUAGAUGUAUAAGCCGACUAUACGUUGGUGGGACCACAU